AUGGUGGAGCUUGCAAAAGUACGGUAUAUUUCAAAAUUGCUCUGCAGAGAAUGUUUUAUUAACCACCCCGAAUUAGAUUUUUGAGCAUCUCGACAAAGCUGAACUGCACCUAAGAGAUAAGAAUUUUAAGGUUGCCCUAGAGAUAUACUGGAACACCCUAAAAGAAUUGCGACAGUUAGAAAGUGGCUUCGAAAAUGAAGGUCAAAAAGAUAAAGUCACAGAGGCAAUACGACUAUUGGAUGAAGACAUCGUGAGUAAAAUUGAAGAAAUUGAGAAACUGCAGCAGUACAGUAAGCAGAAAAAAGCCAACUCACAAAGUAGAGUUGAUACUCCCAUAUCCCGAGAUGCAAGCUCAUUGCUUGACACAAACACCGGAUGGUCCAUGAACUUAAGUAGCACAUCUUUGGAUCCGAUGCUCGUUUCGGCUUUUAAUGCAUUUCAGAAUAAUUUGUUUUCUAUACUGAAAGCUGAGCAUUCUGGAAACAACGACGGAGCUUCAUCAAUUGAACUGCGACUUCUACAAGAAUUGAAUCAACUCAAAAAAGAUGUUUGCAUCAUAGAACAAAAGAAAUGGAAGGAUUAUGAUGUCAAAACUGAACUUCUGAUUAAGGAGAAUAAAAAGCUAUCGAAUCAAAUUAUUAAGCUAAGAGAGCGUUGGCACAGCUUAGUGGAAAGCGCCAAACAGAAACGAAAUCAGCAGCAAGAUUGA